GGGCGGCCGGGCAGGACAGGCAGGGCGCCCGUUGCCCGAAAACGGACUUUCUGUGGGGGGAAUGUUUCGGCGAGUCCAGAGAACUCGGCAUGCUUUGUUUCAUCAACCAGGGCUCGACCAUAGGUCAUGGAACGCCACUCGAUCCAUGGAGUGUUCCGCGCUGUGCCCUGAUCGGGAUGGCUUGGCCGGCGUCGGGAUCAGGCUUUGAAUGCGCCUGGUUGGAGGCUGCACCGACACCAGUGGAUUUCUUUAGCUUGGCACUGUAGAACAAUGCUUCACUAGAAGAUGCAGCGCUCACGAGGAGGUCCUACUCGUCGUGUGCUUAGGAGGCUUGCUAGUUCCCCAGGGAUCUGGGCUUUCGGGGGCCGCGUAGUUAAGACAUGGAUCGUCUUUCCUCUGCUUUCCGUACCUCACCUUUUCUGCCUCAGGCAAUUUGUUUCAAGCCUGACAUAUCAUCCGUACAUACAUUUGCCACAGUUCCGAAUCAACAGUUGUCCUCGUCAUGAAGGUUGCCGCGGCUCUUCUUUGGGUUUCACUCGAACGGGGCAUGACCUUGACGACUCGGGAUGCAACAGAAACCAGCGUCAGCGUCAAUGCCAGCCCAGACGAACCAGAAACAUAUGACCCAGAGGAUAUCGAGGUGCGGGAAUGGAUGGGUGCAGAUGGGAUGGCGAUUAUUGAGAAAGAGAUCGCCGCUGGGCAUGCCGCCCUCUCGACCAGCUUGCAGGCCAUUGACAGGCUCUUCGGCGCUCGGCAGAGCGGUGUCAGCCCGACGCCGAUCUCUACGAUCUGCGAGACUAUCGGCGUGAAGACGCAGGCGUGUGGAAGAGUCGGGGAAUACCUGGGCCGCCUUGCCAAUGUCGACACAAGGGUGUCUGUUAAGGUUCCGAAGUUCGCAGCUUACGUUCCUUGCGACGUCUUGUUUGCAACCAGUUUGCGCAAACUAUGCGAGCUUCCCGCGAACGGCCCUUCCCUGGUCUACAGGGCUGACAUCUGCAAAGCCCUCGCUUCUGCUCCGCAUGUCAUUGGAGAAGGGCAUGCGCUCUUCAAGUUUGGCGACAGAAGGGAUGCGAGUGCGUGCUUUCCCACCUUUUACAAAACUCGUCUCAUGAAGAAGCGUGACGAUAACUACGUUCUCUUGGAUUUGAAUCACGGGCGGCAUUGGGGUCCAAUGAACAAGGUUGCCGACGCAGACAUUCCAUGGGCGUCCAAAAGCGCAACGCUUGUCUGGCGAGGGGUGUCGACUGGCACAUGCGAUACGGGUGCUGUUAACUCGCGCAUGAUGCUUUGCAAUAAGUGGUACAGUUCUACGGACUCCAGAAUUGACGUUGGCAUAACUGCGGUCGCCCAGAACUGCAACUUGGCGGGCCGGUACAUGAAGCCUGCGAAGUCCAUGGAGCAGUUGCUCACAACGAAAUAUCAUCUCCUUGUGAACGGCAACGACAAGCCCUCCGGCUUGAACUGGGUAUUGCUUUCAAAUUCUGUCCCAUUCAUGGUUGAACCUGAUAUUGAGAGUUGGCUCCUGGAAGCAUCUUUGAAACCUUGGGAGCACUACAUCCCAAUCAAGCCAGACUUCUCAGACCUCAGCGAGAAGGUCGACUGGGCGGUGCAGAACGACGGCGAGGCAGAGCGAAUCGCAAAGGCGGGGAAGGAGUACGUGCAGCAGUUCGGGACCACUGAGGAGGAGAUGGCCGUACAGGCAGCAGCCCUCGCCUAAACUGAAUUAUUCGACGCGGAGUUCCCCAUCUGUGCAUAUCUUUUCUGGUGAAUUUCCCUGCGUAUGGGUGCCUGAGGAUCAGCGAGGCUGGGCGACUGAGUACAAGCGGGUCUAACUGCAAGCGAGCCUGGGAAUGAGUGGGCCAUGGGGCCCGUGACACCGCUGGUCGGCUCACCCCCGUAGAUGACCCAACUGCCAUGUUUCGCGGUGAUCCUGGGAGUCAUCAGUGCAACACGUAUUCCCCCCAAGCAAGCAUUCCGUUCAAGACAUUCACACAAUCUGGGCGCGAACGGGCCUGUACAAUAUCCCAUGGCGGCUCCUAUUUGGGUGGCCGCAAUGACAUGCCUCCUACAUCAGGGUGAUCACGGAGCUCAGAAACACGACACGCCUACUUGCGACACACCAUUCGUCCACAGCCGCGAGCGAACAGGCGUUUCACUCCAGAAGUCCUUAUACUGUGGGCAGCGGUCCUGGCCGCGUACGUCGACCGCAUGGAUAUCGCAGACGGCGGGGCCAGUGUCAAGCUUGAGGGCACCUGCUAGCUCGACGGCCAGUGAUGGCAGGUUGAGGAUGAGGAGUGGCUCUAGGCCCCAUUUCUCGACCUCUCCCACUCGCCCUCUUCGUUUCGCUUUUCCGAAUCCCUCUGCUCCUGCACGUUCUCCCGCGUACGCAUGGGCCAGCAAGAAAGCUCGACCAAGGGUACAUUCGGGUGCCGUAGUGUCAUGCUCGGCGUGGUUCGCAUUGCCCAGCGGAGUUCAGCUGACCAA